AUGUUCAUACGAAGGCUCCACAAGUUCAGUUACAAUCCACAAUAUAAGCUCAAAUGUGGACUUGAAAUUCACACUCAGUUGAAAACAAAGUAUAAGCUCUUCUCUUUAUCACCCACAAGUUAUAAUGAACCAGCAAAUACAAAAUUAAGUUACUUUGAUGUGGGACUUCCUGGAACCCAACCAAAAUUAAAUCCCGAGGCUUUAUUAUUAGCAUUAAGAGCAUCAGUUGCAUUUAAUUCAGAGAUCCAACCAUAUUCAUCAUUUGAUAGGAAACAUUAUUUUUAUCCUGACCAACCCUUGGGAUAUCAAAUCACACAGCAUUAUUAUCCGUUAGCAAAAAAUGGAUACUUGGAACUAAACAAGUAUGACAAUAUUAAAGAUAAGCGUAUAAGAUUGGAACAAAUACAACUAGAGCAAGAUACUGGGAAAACAGUAAACUAUGAUGAUAGAAUCAAUGUGGAUUAUAACAGAGCAAAUACACCAUUGAUUGAAGUUGUCACCAAGCCAGAUUUCGAGAAUAUAGAACAAGUUCAAGCUUUUGUUAGGAAAUAUCAACUUAUAGUGAGUCAUUUGGAUAUUUGUACCGGAGAAUUAGAAACGGGUGCUAUGAGAGUUGAUGCCAAUAUUAGUGUCAAUGGUAAUCCAAGAGUCGAGAUCAAGAAUUUGGGAAGUUCAGGAGAAAUUGUUGAUGCAUUGCAAUUUGAAUACAUGAGACAGGUUAGAUUACUACAAAAUGGUCAAGGAAUUAAUCAAGAAACACGUGGUUGGACUGGUGAAGGAACCGAAUCCUUGAGAAGUAAAGAAAAUGCCGUUGAUUACAGAUAUGUUCCUGAUUCAGAAUUACCUGCCAUCAGACUCGAUCAACAAAUAACUAAACAAUUACAGAAGUCACUUCCAGAAUUACCAGAUACUAUACUUGAAAGACUUAUAAAUAAACCUUAUAAUUUAGAUUUAGCACACGCAAAGAAUUUAUUGUAUCAACCAGAAGUCUUAAAGUAUUAUGAAACUAUUUUUGCAAGCAUUUCAUCAAACGCUAAUAAAUGGUUCUUCCAAGAACUUCUAGCUGCAUUUGCGAAAAGAGGAGUUGAAUUUGAUGUGGAUAUAGUACCACCAUCAAUGUUGGUUGAUAUCGUGAAAAAGGUCGAGACCGAGGAAAUCUCAUUGGCAGCAGCAAGAAUUAUUUUGAAAUACAUUGUUGAGAACAAGUCUACAAACACACUUGUUGAACUAGUUGAAAUUCUUGAUUUGAAAAAACCAGAAGCAAAUGAUGAAUUGCAAUUGGCAGUGAAAGAAAUCUGUCAACAAAUCAUCAAAAACAAUCCAGAAGUGGUUACCAAAAUUGCCAAUGGCCACAAAAACGCAUUACAAGUGCUUAUUGGGCAGGCAAUGAAAGCUACAAAGGGUAAAGUCCACGCAAAAGAUUUCAAAGAACAAUUUAUAGAAUUACUAAAGUAA